UCACUGAUAGCUUCAGUAAUAUCGAACAGCAACUUUUUCGAACACAGUGGAGUAUCCAGGACCUUGGAAAAAACACCGGUGAACAGCUGACAAUGAUACAAACCGGCGUGCACUCGAUGGCUUCGACAAAUCUGGCGAUGUCUGGAGAAGUUACAGAGAUGAGAGAGAUGAUGAACCAACUCGUCCCACUCUUGCAGCCAACGGGAGCGAAUACGGGACCCUACCAGAUGAUAUCACAGUCUCUUCCUGAUAGCACAGAAAGAUUUCAGUACCUCUCCAGCGGUUCCUCAUCCAGACAAUUCUCUGAUCGUACAGUGUCGAGGAAAACCGUUUCAAAGAAAGCUAAGAAGGCUAGUUCUGGAGUCAGGUCGCCAAUUUGUGAUUGUCCCUCCGAGAGCCGCUCGACCACACACUUGUACAGUUUCUGGGGCUUAGUGUUCCAACACGACUACCAGCAACCGUCGAAACAUCUUCGCGGCUGCAAGUUCUAUGGGAUCGAUCGGAAGGCACAACGGAGUAUCAAAGCGCAAAUUCCGUUCAAAAUGGAGUGGUUCUUUACAAGGGCUAGUUAUGUGUGUGUCGCCUACACUAAUGGCUGCAAUAAUCCUGCGAUGUCGAUACGCCUUAAGAAUAUCGUGCCACGGGACCGCUGUCCAGUUUAUGCCGAGCUUAUGGAACUACAUAAUCAUUUUCAGUCUACAGAGUAUCUUUCCAGCGAGAACGUGAUUCGGCGACUAAAGACGUUUGAACGUUCCGUUCUUUCCAUAUACAGAGAGGGGAAAGCAAGUCCUAGCGAUCGAAACGAAAUGGGGAAAAGCUUCUUAAUGGAGUUCAUAGAUGAACUUAUGUGGAACAUUAGAAUGGUUCGCGAAGUAACAUCCGACCAAUCAAUUACAGGAGUGGUUUUGCAAAUAUUUCAAACUUUCAUGGACAUUUUACCGGCUCAAGACAAGACACUUAACAGUAGCUUCUUAGUUUUUGGCUUGCAAAGUAGCUUUUUUAUAUUGCGUCAGAACGAACGAAUGAAUGCACAGCGAAUGGUCUCAUAUCUUAUGGAUCUCUCCGAGGUAAACCUAGACGCUAUACUGUUUAAUUACAGAGAUUCUGAUAUUAUCCCUUUGUUGAACCAUCUCUCACUUGUAGAUGAGAUGGAAGUUUCCCCAAUGGCUCGUGCAAUAUUACGGAGGUCUCUUAGAGAUCUUGACGACCAGAUUUCGCGCGAUCCCAAAGGGCCGAUAGAGACUCUUUCUGGAUACACAACCCUUCAGCUCUGUAUUGACUGGCCACAGGGGUUGCAAAAGCUACUUACUACAGAGGCGAAAAGCCUUAUUGAUAACGAGGGUAUAUCCUCUAUAUCCAGGGGCAUGAAGGUUGGCUAUUUACAGCCGGUUUAUUGGGCCAUUCGCUUAAAUUGUGCGGAAUCAGUAAACCUGCUCAUGAAGGCGGGUUCCAGCAUGGCCUCAGACAAGAGUCUCUACAUGGUAUUUUCAAAGAUAACAAGUGAUACAGCUGCCGUUAUUGCUUCAAAUAUGGCCGAUAGAAGACGAAAACUGCUUGAAUUAGCACAGCGAGAGCUGGGGGAUUUUGAAAGGCAGAACCCGACACAUGUGGCAGAUAGAGAAGCUGCAUAUCUCUGUGGGGCUCUUGAGAAAGCCGGUAUUUACAUUCCUCCAUAUCUCCGGGUGGGACAGGAUUAUACGACGGUAUACCACACUCCCGUAAUCCGGAUUGAUCACUUCCGGAUAUACUUUGAACAAGGGUUUCAAGAUUUCAAAUCGCGCAAUAACAUGGGACUGACCCCAAUCAUGAUCUGGCGAGAUGACGCGUUUAAUUUGCCGCUCCAGAGCUUCGACCAAAUCUUUGGAACGUUGUUAUGGCUACAAGAGCAGGGGGCUCUCGACCAAAAUCCAGAAGAUCCUUGGGCGCUGCGAUUUAAUAUAACCGUUACUGGUUGGCAUUAUGUCGCUGCCAUGUUAGGCUCAGGUUGUUUAUUUGCAAAUAGGCACGAUUUAACUUCCCGGGUUUCCUUUGCUUGGAAGAUUAUAAGGGAACUCUCGCAGACUAUGAUAAGAGACCGUUGUACUUGUUCGUGUAACCACGAAGGAGAAGGUUGCUCGCCGCUCAAAUCACUCUGGAAUGCACAUGCCAAACACGGGGGACUGCUGCUAUAUCACCCGGGGAGAUCCGAAAGGAAUCCUUUGCGGCAUAUUCUCUUCCACCACAACGUCAAUACGAUGAGCACAAAAGUCAACGAGCGGUCCAAUCUAUCACUCCAAAUUAUACGGCUUCUUACUUUUGAAGCACUGGACAUGACACAUACCUGCUGUGCUCUCGAAGAGCUCAAUCUAGAGCAAAAGCGUCUCUGCAUAGCUUCCGACCGCCCCGCCAAUCUCUCUAUUGGGAAUCCAACUUAUGUCAUAGCAAAUCGUGAUCCAGAAUGGAUUCGAAAGAUCAGAUCUGAUAGGCGAGAGCAACAGGAUGCCCGUCAAUUAGAAGUAUUAAUGGAAGAUUUCGCGGAACAGAUGAAAAGUCUAGAUACAUCUCCCAAAGCGCUCGAGAUCUUUAUUUGGGGUUAUUGGCGGCGCCGUAUGUCUGAACUCUUCGUCGUUCAUCCUGGAAUCCUGAAUGAGACGGAGCGAGUUCUAGGGAAUGUGGAAACAUAUGUAGUACCUGGAAGACUCAAAGCUUUUCUUGGAGACGACUUUGACUGGUUAAGGUAUGAUGAUCAAGCAACACCGGAAGAAGGAGAGGGCGACGAAGAAGAGGACACUAGCUCAGUUGAAAGUAUUGGGGUAUCGCGAUACUGUUCAUUCUGCGACGGACCUGACAGCAAAAGAGAUGGUGGUGGUGGAUAAAAACGAAGUAGAAGCCACGCUGUUUCAGCACUGUUGCGACGACUGACCACAACCAGCCAUCCCUCGAGAGCGCCAUUGGUGGAUCGAGGCUGUGUCGUGGUUCUGUUCGAUUUUCAGUAUAUAAUCGUUCACGGAUGUUGUAUGGCCAGAGAAUAGUGUUAAGUUCAGCCCCAUGUCAGCCUGCGCCCCUGCCACUUGCCCUUUAUGACCUCGCGCGUCAGCUGAGAAGGCAAGGCAGCCUCUACUUUACUACAUAUAAGACUC